GUCUUGCUUUGCGCCACCACAAACUGUACCAUCAUGGCUUCUCAAAUCCUCCCGCUAGAGCUGAUUGACAGAUGCAUUGGAUCCCGGAUAUGGGUCAUUAUGAAGAGUGAUCGUGAGUUUACUGGGACGCUGCUUGGCUUCGACGAUUUCGUCAACAUGGUGCUAGAGGACGUAACCGAAUACGAGACUACUCCUCAGGGAAAGAAGAAAACACGACUUGCACAGACGCUUCUCAACGGCAACAAUAUUUGUAUGUUGAUUCCAGGCAGCGAAGGUCCCGAGUCAGACUCCUGACUUAUAAAAAUACAACACUUUGUUCUUGCACUCUCAGCUUAACUUCAAGGGCCGCUUGUACUAUCUUUUGCCCAGAGUUGCAAAACGUUCCGACCAGUUUUUGAGAACACAACAACGACACAACAUAAAAAUAAGAAAACAACAGGAGCGUGCAGGGUUUGGUACAUAUUCUAAUACUAUGUAAAAAAAAUUUGACAAGGCUAUGUUGCCAGAGAGAAGCCGGUGCGAAACAGUGUUUGCAGAGUUGCAUCCGCAUGAAAGUCCACUAUAUCACAC